AAAAAAAAAUUGAAACAAAUGGGAGAAGAAAGCACAUCAAAUUCCAAAAGUGAUGAUAAUAGUAAUGGAACUAAUAAUAAUGGAAGCUAUGAAUCACCAGUUAUAUUGAAUGUGUAUGAUCUUACACCUGCAAAUCAGUAUACUGUUUGGUUUGGCUUUGGAAUCUUUCAUUCUGGUAUUGAAGUUCAUGGUAUGGAAUAUGGAUAUGGAGCGCAUGACUUUCCCAUAAGUGGCGUGUUUGAAGUGGAACCUAAGAGCUGCCCUGGUUUCAUCUACAGAUGUUCAGUUCCAUUGGGUCGUAUUAAGAUGCCUCCCUCUGAAUUUCAGGCAUUUCUUGAGAAUGUGGCUUCAGAGUAUCACGGGGAUACUUAUCACCUCAUCUCCAAGAACUGUAACCAUUUCACAGAUGACAUAGCACAGAGACUAACAGGGAAAGGGAUUCCUGGAUGGGUAAAUCGGCUUGCCAGAGUUGGUGCUUUCUGCAGUUGUCUUCUUCCUGAGAGCCUUCAAGUGACAACUGUUAAACAGCUUCCUGAGUACCAUCCUUGUACAGAAGAAGAUGGGAGUGGGUCAUCUACGACGCCCCAUGAACCAACUGAAAGCGAUGACGGAGAUCAAGAUAACAAGCACUUGUUGUCACCUCCAGUCGGAAGUCGUGAAGUUGCUUUUAUAAGGGAAACCCAAAGGUGAAAAACAUGCUGUCUGAAUGAAGCUGGAUUGAAGUACUUGCAGGGGAUUCAAUUUGUGUACUAUUCGUUUAUUAAGGGGUUAUUGAUUCGUCCAAAGCAGCCACUGCUCAAAUUCUCCCAUUUGCUUGCUAUAUGAAUUGCUAGUUCACUGAUUUUUCGUGCCUUCUGCUUUUGGUUAUUAAGGUUUCCUUUAGUGUGCAAGAUGUAUUAGUCAAAGUGACAGGAUUGUCAUCCAUUGAGCUGUGGCUUUGUUAGAGGUCAUAAUUUAUCCAUGUAACAUUGUGAGUUUGGAAGAUGAAAACAGGCCAGUAUUUGUGUAAAAUGAGGUACCUUUUGAGUUAUUUAGUACCAGAAACUCAUCAUCAGUUGCAAUUUGAAUAGAAAAAAGUCAGAUACCUUGUUCUUUGAUUUA